GGCGGCGGGCGUGGUGGUGGGCGUGGGCGGUGCCGUAGGCGUGGGUGGCUGCUGCUCGGGGCCCGGGCACAGCAAGCGGCGGCGUCAAGCUCCCGGGGUUGGUGCGGUUGGUGGGGGUAGUCCAGAGCGUGAGGACGUUGGCGCAGGGUAUAACAGCGAAGACGAGUACGAAGCAGCUGCAGCGCGCAUCGAGGCCAUGGACCCUGCCACUGUCGAGCAGCAGGAGCACUGGUUUGAAAAGGCCCUACGAGACAAGAAAGGCUUCAUCAUCAAGCAAAUGAAGGAGGAUGGCGCCUGUCUUUUCCGGGCUGUAGCUCUGGCAGAGCCCCCAGGCCUGGAAAUGACAAUUGACCCUUCCAUAGGCGAACCCUCCAGGGAGGGAAAGGGAAGCGAAGGCGUUCUUCCAACAGUUCUUCGGAGAGCUGACCAGGUGUAUGGAGACCAGGACAUGCAUGAGGUUGUGCGAAAGCAUUGCAUGGACUAUCUGAUGAAGAAUGCUGACUACUUCUCCAACUAUGUCACAGAGGACUUCACCACCUACAUCAACCGGAAACGGAAAAACAACUGCCAUGGCAAUCACAUUGAGAUGCAGGCCAUGGCGGAGAUGUACAACCGUCCUGUGGAGGUGUACCAAUACAGCACAGAACCCAUCAACACAUUCCAUGGGAUCCAUCAAAAUGAGGAUGAACCCAUCCGUGUCAGCUACCAUCGGAAUAUCCACUAUAAUUCAGUGGUGAAUCCUAACAAGGCCACCAUUGGUGUGGGGCUGGGCCUGCCAUCAUUCAAACCAGGGUUUGCAGAGCAGUCCCUGAUGAAGAAUGCCAUAAAAACAUCGGAGGAGUCAUGGAUUGAACAGCAGAUGCUGGAAGACAAGAAACGGGCCACAGACUGGGAGGCCACAAAUGAGGCCAUUGAGGAGCAGGUGGCUCGGGAAUCUUACCUGCAAUGGCUGCGGGAUCAGGAGAAACAGGCCCGCCAGGUUCGCGGCCCUGGACAGCCCCGGAAAGCCAGUGCCACAUGCAGUUCGGCCACAGCAGCAGCCUCCAGUGGCCUGGAGGAGUGGAGCAGCCGGUCCCCACGGCAGCGGAGUUCAGCCUCAUCCCCUGAGCACCCUGAGCUGCAUGCUGAGCUGGGCAUCAAGCCCCCUUCCCCAGGCACUGUCUUAGCUCUCGCCAAACCUCCUUCGCCCUGUGCUCCAGGUACAAGCAGUCAGUUCUCGGCAGGGGCUGACCGGGCUACUUCCCCACUCGUGUCCCUCUACCCUGCUCUGGAGUGCCGGGCUCUCAUUCAGCAGAUGUCCCCCUCUGCCUUUGCAGGUCUGAAUGACUGGGAUGAUGAUGAGAUCCUAGCAUCGGUGCUGGCAGUGUCCCAACAGGAAUACCUAGACAGUAUGAAGAAAAACAAAGUGCACAGAGACCCAGCCCCAGACAAGAGUUGAUGGAGACCCAGGGACUGGAUGCCAUCUCCUAACCCCUCCACUCCUGCCCUCUGGUGCCACCCCACCUUCUUUGUCUUUCUUCCCUCUUGCCUUCUUCCCUUCUCCCCUCUUUUCCCUUCUCCCCACUUCCCUCUGGCUGGCCCACCCCUGCACUCCCUCUCAUCGCUGCCACCACUACCUUUCUCUCCACCAGCUGAUGUGCCCUGUUGCCCCCCGCUCAGCACCAUCCCUGCAUUCCACAGGGGACUCGGGCAAGGGUGCCGAAGGUAGACGAGAGGCACACAGAGACAAACCAACCGGCAGCCAGGCAGCCCCAGAGGAGAGAGACAUUCAGACAGGAAAGUCUCCCUGCCCCCCAUUCCUUCCAGAUCAGAAAAACUUCACUGCCUCCCCCCACAAUGAUGCCAGGGAGGUGGGAGGACAAAGUGGGAAAUUUCCCUUCCCAGUACCCCAAGAAUAUCUGAGCUUUCAAUUUUGAUUUUUUUCUUUAUUAAAAUGUACUUUUAUCUCAUGAAAUCAACCAAUCAAAAAUGACGUAGAUGACAGCAUUGGCUCUGUGAAGGCGGCAUCCCUCUGGUUUGGGGGCAGGCAGGCCAUGGGGCAUGGAGGGGGCACAAAGAUGUGAGUUGCUGUCUUCUGGCCUCCAUCCCCGUGGAGGUGGGCAGAGGGUGUGAACUGGGGCAGGGGAUGGGGGUGGCAGGUGUCAGAUGGGCUUUGGACAAUGAAACCCUGACCUUGCUGCAUUCCUUUUGCUUCCACCACCACCACCAGUCUCUCUGGAAUUUUGGGGGAUCAUGGCCGCCACCCAGGAUUUGAGUGUAGGGAGUGGGAGCAGCCUCCGCAGAUGGGGCACCCGUGCCCUGCAGGUGUUAACAAGUUCUACCAUCUGUAAUGUCCUUGGCACAAUAAAACCAAAUGUCUGUGUCCCUGAGCAGUUCUGUUCUGUGUGGGUCAGGGGUGGGCAAGCCUCUGUGCGGAAGAAGCAAUAACACCGGCCUUGGCUUGACCUCUGAGGUCCAAAUGCUCUCCAGUAGGGUCUGUCUGGGGGCCUGGAGUUCAUAUUUGAUUUGCUGCAUAUUAAAUUUCCUUCUGGACCAGUUACCACCAAAAAAGCUCCACUUUUGCCUGCUGUGCCUGCCCCUGCCUAUUCCAUUUCCUGGGAGUGUGAUGGGAACAGAGGACUGUGAACUUGAGGGCAGAAACUGAACUUCCUGUCUGAAUUCCAGCUUUUCUGCCUGCCUCUCACCAUAAAUGUUUGCUCUUUCCUUGUGAUGAUCUGGUGAGGAAAUGCUUUGGAAAAGCACAACUGACAGCAGUGAGUUUGGUGGAAGAAACAGAGGGAACUCCCCUGCUUGGAUUUAGAAGCUGAGGAAUGGCUAAUCCUUUUUUGUUCAUGUCCCCCAGUCCAGUGACACCUCUGUUCCUGACCUUCCUAGGGGUAAAGCCAAGGCAGAGAAGGCUGACGGGCCUCCAGGUUUUCUCAAGUGUCUUUUUCAUUGUGCCUCAAUAGUGGGGUCCCUGUGGAAAGAUGUGUGUCUGGCUCUGCAGAUGAGGGCGUGGCUGCUGAGUGGCUGUCUACUGGGCAUCUUUGGAAUCCAGUGGUCAGGCAUGGCAUGUUGGAGAAUUGGUUUGAAACCCUCCUUUCGUGUCUUCUAGCUGUGUGGCCUUGGUCAGGUCACAGCCUCUCUGGGUUUCAGGUGUCCCAUGUACAACAGGGGUGGUUAAUGUCUACUACCUCAUGCUCUCUCUGGUUGUGAGCAUCGAGAGAGAAUGUAUAUGGUCAACAUAAUGUAUUACUGGGCAGAGUGCCUGGCACAUUGUGAGAGCACAAAUGUUAGCGGGUAUUAUUAAUUAUCCUAUUGUGGAAGUUUCUGCACCAUUUGGCCCCUGUCUACCUCCUCUUGCUGCUCUGUUCGGUUUCCUUAGCCUCUGCCUGCAAUUUGCCCUUCCCCUGUCCUGAGCCACCAACCUUAUUUGUCUUUUAACACAGGUAAAAGGUCAUCUUCUGAGAAGCCCUGAGUGACCUCAUUCACAUUCUAACUUCUGUCUACAAAUAUCCCCAAUAAUUGUACUAUAAAUAAACUUCCCGGGCAGGGGCUGUGA